CUUCCAUCUGGAGGAAAAGGGUCAGAGACGCCGCUGAUCGACACCAGACAGACGUGCGUUUCUCCGGGGCUGACAACUGCCGUUUUCACCGGGAGCGGCGACCGGAACAAUUUUACGGACACUCUUGUCGCUUCCCCGUGUUUCUUUGUGGCUUGUGAGUGACGUCACUACUAAAGGAAUUCUUCCUUUUAUUUUUAAAGACAACAUUGAAGAAGUAACGGUGGGGAGCUAAGCGAGCUAGCGGCUAAAGCUAACGCUAAGCUAGGCUAAACUAGCUAGCUGAGCUGAGCCGUGCUUGGGAAAGGAGAGGAGGAGGGGGGGGAGCCGCUCGCCUCCUCUCGUUUGAUGGAUCCGAGAAUCGCCUGGUUCCAACCAGAACAACGCGGACCCGCUAACAACUUGUGGAUGCAAAUCUGGGAGACGACGCAAGGGUUCGGCUAUUUGCAUGUCAACAACAGUAGCAGCAGCAGCAGCGGUAGCCUGAAAGCAGCGAGUCUCAACGGGGCGUCCAGAGCCGUCCUCGCCCUCGCUGCGGGGACCGUGCCGUUUGAGGCGAACGCCAGGAUGUCGAGCCCCACCGGGGACGGGGAGUUCAUGGUGCAGCAGGACUUUCUUCCAUUGGAAAGCAACAGCAACCAUAACAACCGAGCCGCCUGCAGGGGCGGUGGGCAGCAGCAGGACAAGCAGGGCAGCGGGGUGACGGAUGGGCACCCCAACAAAAGGAAACGGGUCAACAAGGCGAGCACUUUCGGAUUCAAUUCCAGAAACACAGAGGGCUGCGACGGCUACGCGGGCACACCGUGGAAAACGAGGAACUACUCUGAAGGAAUCGUGGGGUUACACGAAGAGAUCAGCGACUUCUACGCGUACAUCUCGCCCCGGCCGGAGGAGGAGAAGAUGAGGCUGGAGGUGGUGGACAGAAUUAAAGGCGUCAUCCACAAGCUUUGGCCGAGCGCUGAGGUGCAGGUGUUUGGAAGCUUCAGCACUGGUCUCUAUUUGCCAACAAGCGAUAUCGACUUGGUGGUAUUCGGGAAGUGGGAAACCCUUCCGCUGUGGACACUGGAAGAGGCUCUGCGCAAAAGGAACGUUGCAGACGAGAACUCUAUCAAAGUUCUGGACAAAGCCACGGUUCCCAUCAUUAAACUGACCGACUCCUUCACGGAGGUCAAGGUGGACAUCAGCUUCAAUAUGAAGAGCGGCAUCAAAGCUGCGCGCCUCAUCAAGGAAUUCAAGGAGAAAUACCCCGUGCUGCCUUACCUGGUCCUCGUGCUCAAGCAGUUCCUGCUGCAAAGGGACCUCAACGAAGUGUUCACCGGUGGAAUCGGCUCCUACAGCCUGUUCCUCAUGGCCGUGAGCUUCCUGCAGCUCCACUACAGGGAAGACGUGUGCAGCCCAAACAUCAACAUCGGCGUCCUGCUCAUCGAGUUCUUUGAGCUCUACGGCCGUCACUUCAACUACCUGAAAACGGGCAUCCGGAUAGCAGGCGGCGGCUGCUACAUUGCCAAAGACGAGGUUCAGAAGAACAUGAUGGACGGCUACAGGCCUUCCAUGCUCUACAUUGAGGACCCUCUGCAGCCAGACAACGACGUCGGCCGCAGUUCCUACGGCGCCAUGCAGGUGAAGCAGGCGUUCGACUACGCCUACGUGGUGCUCAACCACGCCGUCUCGCCCAUCGCUAAAUACUACCCCAACAACGAGACGGAGAGCAUUCUUGGCCGGAUCAUCCGCGUGACUCAGGAAGUGGACGAGUACAGAGAGUGGAUCCGAAAGAACUGGGGGAGUCCAUCGCAGAACGACCUGCCGCUGAACAGAAACGACGUGACGCUGUCGCAGCAGCUGGACGAAUGCAACAACAACAACGUCCUCGACGAAGACGACGAGGACGACGUGGUCAUCCUGCCGUCGGCGCCCCGCAGCAAGACCUCGUCCAACUUCUCCUCGCCGUCACCUUCCCUGCGCUCCUCGCCUUCCUCCUCGCCGCUGUCGCCCUCCUCCGUCACGUCCUCCAGCUCCAGCGACGCGGACUCUGACGGAACGCCGUGCAAGACGGCCAAGCAGCAGUCCGGCCGGACCUCCAGCGCCCACAGAGAAAAGUCGGCCGCCGCCGCCGGCCACAGAACGCAGAACCGCACGACCAGCACUCCGCCUGGAGGCAACAAGGGAGGGAAGGCCAGGAUAUCUCGUCCGCAGCACAAGAGCGGUCAUCAGGGUCCUCAAAGCUCCUCCUCCUCCUCCUCCUCUUCCUCCUCCAACAACAACAACACCAAGAGUCAUCCCAGCAACAAGCCACACCACCAAGGCAACGGCAAGAAGAGGAAAAACGCGCGGGACUCCGCACAAGAGGAGCUUUGCAGAUAGUCGGGGGGGUCGGGGGCGGGGGUCCGCCCUUCACCGCCACCACAAACAUUCAACCCUUUCCUGUCUCCGUUCAGCCCGGGGAAGCCCGUCGGUUUGCAUCAUCAUUGGAUUAAGCGGACAUGAUUAGACGCUCACUUGGCUUCCUCCUUCUUCUCCUCCAACUGCCAGCAGCGCCCAUCUUUUGCAUCAUCAUCAUCAUCAUAAACAUAAACACGCCUCUUGCGCCUCCUGCUGUACAGGAAUGGAAGGAACAACACAAUGGGAGCUCGCUUUCCUUUUUCGGAAAUGACAUUUAAACAACAAAAAAAUAAAGAAAAGAAAAAACUUUCUAUAAAAAAAGAUACACAAAAAAUGGAACUGCUUUAAAUGUACAAAAAAAAAAAAUUUGCUGAGGAAAAUGUACUCAGAUUUUUAAUGAUGGCGUUUGUAGGGUGGCCACUCACAAACGCGACGUGUGAGGUGUAACUUAUGCAUGAUUAUUAUUUUUUUUUUCCUGUCUAUAGAGACCAUAUACAAAUUUCUACUGGUGCAUUUAAAAAAAAAAAAAAAAAUUUUUUUUUUUUUUUUUUUACACAAAUAAUCAACAGACGGGGGUUGGUCUCGUCGCCAUGCCAACACAAAUCAUCAGCAUCUUUUACUUCAGUUUUUUUUUUUUUCCUUUUUGUGUGUAACCUUGAAUGUUUAUUAUCAGCCUUUCCUUGUAGACCACCGGAUGGAGUUUAGAGGCUUUACAAAUUUUAUCCACAUAAUAACAACAAAUCUAUAACAGUACAAUUAUGGGAUGUUUGAUAAUAAAUCCACCCCACGAGGAAAAUCAUUUGUAUUUGUUAAAUGUAUUUAUUUUUUUAUUAAUUAUAUGAACAUAGAAUUGAUAUCUAUAUAUAUAUAUACAUAUAUGACAUUAACUCUUUGAGGAUAUAUCUUUGCAUAAGAUGCUGGGGGGGGGGCGUUUUAAUCAGGUACAACAACAAAAAUAUUGCCGCCUUUCUGUUUUUUUUUUUUCUUAUUGGCAGUGACCAAGUUGGAAAGAGAAUUUAUCAUAAUCAUAUGAAUAUUUGUUGGUUUUAAAUAUGUGGCUGGUCUACUUUAAAAGGGAGUUUCUUGUUUAUUUUUUUUUGUGGCAAAAAUCUGCAGUACAAAAUCCGACCGAUAGAUGGCGACAUUACCCAAGCAUUCAAAUCCACGUCUUUUUUUUUUUUGUAAGGUUUGACUACUGCAUUGAUUGUUUUUUUGGUUUCAAAUCCAAUUUUUUUGUAUUAUUACAACGAAAGCACAUCUAAAACCUCCUGUUAUCAAAACCACAACCAGCAAAUCCUUAACAUUUACAUUUAAAGCAUCAUUUUCCCAACAUUGAUGCAACAUUUAUACAGCCGGAUGCUUGUUUUGACCACUUUCCUCGAACGCAACAUGUUUGAAUCAGUUCAAAUGCGGUAUGCAAGCACUUGUUUUGUGGUGUAAACCAACGUCAUAGUUCUGGAUUGGGGGUUUUCUUAAACGCGCUGAGACGUGUAAAAAAAAUAAAAAAUAAAAUAAAUCAAAACGUCAACAACACCACCUUUCUUCACAGGAGGAAGGUUUCACCGAGCCAACUGUAUUGUCUCUGCUGCUUUUCACCAAUUCAUGCAAUAAAAAAAACAGUA